AUGGCUCCAGCGCAGCUCCCCCUCAAAUCCACCACUUUCUCCACAUUACCCAGGUUUGUCAUGCCCAUGGCGGACUGGACCAAAGACCUCUGUGAUCAUCACAUGCCUGCGCCGCUGUGCGAGAAACUUGUCAGGCGAGCAGUGACUGCAAAGUGGGGUCUUGUCAGUGCCUCAACGGCAGCAGGCGUCAUAAUGUUUGUCGCCCUGCUAAACACAGUUUUGGCGCCCGCCGCAGUCAGACCUAAACCCCCAGGAGCUGGCCAUCGCAGGAGUCGACGUCCGCUCGUGGCUAGCUGGAUGAAACUGGUUAUGGCCGUUUGGGUCGGCGCCAUUGCUUACUUUGUGGUCGUGCAAACAGACAUGAGGCUUGACUACUUUAUCAAACGACUCGGCAGAAUCGCAAUGUCCCUUCUGCCCCCGCUAUAUUUCCUGACCUUGAGACCUUCUCCAUUGCCCCGGACCCUAUACUUACAGGUGCUUCCUCUGCAUCGCUGGCUCUCAGUUGUUGUUUUGAUUCUUUCCUGUCUUCACGCUUUCGCCUACUCCUACUAUUACUAUCUUAAUGGCGUGCUUCUUGAUAAACUCAAAAACCUAAACAACUUCUUGGGGAUUGUCGCUUUGGCACUUUAUUUAUUGGCCGGUCUUACGUCCUGGUUGCGUUUCAAAAAAUACAAUUUGUUCUACUUCGUUCACGUCGUCAACGCGUGGGGAUCGCUAUACCUUCUUCAGCGACACUCCCGCCCGCGCAGCAACGGCUACCUGGCUGCUUGUUUGGCAAUUUUAGUUGGCCAGGUCAUCUUCAGGGUUUACUAUACGGCCAACUCUCGUAUUCGAGUCCAGUAUGUUACAAACACGCUCAUGCUGGUAACCAUCCCCAAGGCCCAACUACCGCAACGGUUCUGGGCGUGGUCCCCGGGUUCGCAUGUCCGUCUGUCAGGUCCAAUUUACAAUCCAGUUAACUGGUUCAAAUCAAGCCAUCCUUAUACAAUUGCAUCGCUGCCCGACGAAAGCGACGUCAAGCUGGUUGUCCGCAAGGGCAACUUCCCCCUCAAGCUUCGUCACGAUUACUCUAUAUUCGGGCCCCAUACUGCUUUACCAAAGUUUCUGACCCAGCAACUCAAUCAAGGAAAGAUCAAAAGGGUGUUGUUUGUUGCUGGUGGAUCGGGCAUUGCCUUUAGUGCUCCGGUUUUCCGCUAUUUCCGUGUCCACGGCGUCGAGCUUCGCAUGGUCUGGGCUAUCCGGAAUCCCUAUGAUGUCAAGGUCCUCAAACUGUUGCAAUUGCAAGAUGAAGUUGCCCGAGGAUCAAUCGAAAUCUUUUACACCGGUGCUCAAGCAAUGGACGAAGCUGAGGACAUUUUCGAGCUCGACAUUUUCGACGGCUGUGCCGACCCCAUCACUGCUUCAGCUACCGAUGACCCUCACAGACGCUUCAGAGACCCUUUGGUUCGCCAAUGCGCGCCUCACAUGAUGCAUGCACGCCCUCACCUUGACCUGCGGCUAAAGUCUUGGCUCUACGGGCUGGCCGCGGACGAUGAAGACUGCUGCUGCGCGGACAGACUCAUCGAGGUCAACGAACAAAGUAGAGAAGGCGCCUUGGUCAUUGCAACCGGUAACCCAUUACUAGUCAAAGACGCUGAGCUCUGGGCUCGCCGAGCUGGCGUGUGCUUCUUCCAGGAAGAGUUCUCCAUGUAA